AUUAAUGUCCAUGACAGUAGCACGACUUGGCAUGAAAGGAAAUUUAUUCUUGAAUCACGUUAUUUAUUAAAAAAUUAAUUAUUAAACAAGCUAAAAAGGUAUAUAAAUUGGUGAUUCUAGAGAACUGAAACUGGUUUAUUAUAAGUUUUUAAAUUAUAACUCAAAGUUGAACUUUCAGAAUGUCGAGAAUUUUGUUGUUAUUCUUAUUUGCAUACGUUUUCACCAUUAUUGGUUUUGUUAUUGCUGGAGGAGAUGUGGGAAGUUACCCGAAAUGUUCAUUAGGUGAAUCGGAACCGUGUGUGCAGGAAGUUGAAGGUUUUCGAUGUCCCACAGGUUAUUCAUUUGUAUCAGCAGAUAUUACCGACACAAACUGCUGUUGUGAAAAGAAUUAAUUGUUAGCUCAAAUUAAUCUGUUGACUUUAUAAAUAAAGAAACAUAAUUUAGAUCA